AUGAUCAAUAAAAAGUUGAGUGUUAAAACCUCGUAUCUUAAUCAGAGCUCUUAUAACACUCAUAAAGAAAAGCCAUCUCCAUUAAAGGCAGAUCUGCAAAGAAAAUGCAUUAACGAUUUAAUUGGACUCACAUCAAAUUCCAAAUCUCCAAACCCAAAAUUCAAAACUUCUGAGCCAUCUAAAACUCCAUCUCCUGAGAAACCUCCGCAGUCCCCAUUUCUAGGUCUAGGCUUUCCACUCUCCCUUUCUCCUGACAAAAACUCCCCAUCUUCUUCAAAAGCUUUAACACCUCUUCCAAACAUUUCCUCUACAAUUUCCAAGCCAAAUCUCAAAACCUAUAAAAUUUCAAAUGAGCUUCAUCAGCAAUAUUUCUCAUAUAACGAUAUUACCCCACAAUCCCGCACAAGAUCUACAAGUCCUCUACUAAAGCACCUUACAACAAUAAAACCGAAAUUACCAAACAAUAACAGAGAUUUAUCAGAUGCAGAACAGUCAAGUGAGAUCAGGUUAAACGAUACUGCAGAUUUAUCACAAAAAUCAUUAGUAAGUUUAACCAGGUGGUCUGUGUAUUCUAAACUAAAGAAAAAACCUACUGAUUUAGACAGCUCUGAAACUAAACUGCAUUUAACAAGCUUAGAUCUUGUGACUCCUACUAUACUCCCACCAGCUUUUUCAGAAAAACAUUUUUUGCCUAGAGUGAAGAGGCAUUUUUCACCGUCAAGGCUUAAGAGGCUGCUUUAA